AUGCCGAGAGGCUCGAACCCCGCUCCGGCCGGGCCAGCUCCGCCUGCGGCCGCCUCUGCGCCAGCCCGCAGCUUCCCGGAUACAGGGGGUUCCCAGAACGCCCCUCGCUUGGGGCGGCCGCGAAGGAGAAGCCACAGAAGGAGCCGGCUCCCCGGACCGCGGGGAAGGGGCGCACCCCACCUGCAGCUCAGAGGGCAGGAGGGAGAGGGAGGCGGAGCGGUUCCCAUGCCGUCGCUCGGAAAGCAGCCGCGGCUGGGAGCGGGCGAUGGGCGCGGGUGGGAGGGCGGCCGCCGUCCCCGCCCGCCCCUCUGCCCGCGGGCCGGGGGCGAUAGCGCCGUCCCGCCCGGGAUGCGCCGCGGGCGAGCCCGGCUGCCCCGGGGGAAGUUGAAGGCCGGCCCCCACGGGCCGCUCGGCCGGCUGCGAGGGGGCGGGCGGCGCCGGGCGCCCGAGGAGGAGCCCGAGCAUCCCGGCGCCGGGGACAGCCGGAGAACGGGCGGCGAGGCUUCAUGGGCUGCUCACGCCAACAUGGUGCUCGCCCUCAACGGCAGCCACCUCUACGGUAACCUGCGGCCCCUGGUGCUGGAGGAGCCGCGGGCGCUGAGCGGCGGCAGGAUGAUCGCCGGCUCCUGGCCCCCGCGCAGCCUGGCCAAGCUCGGCCCGUCGCCCCCCCCGUCGGCGCUGCCCACGGCGAGCCCCCUCCCCUCCAACGACUCCCAGUGCGGGGAGCAGAUCCUCAGCUACGGCAGCGCGGAGAAAGUUCUCAUCGGGGCCGUGCUGUGCCUCAUCACCCUGCUGACCAUCGCCGGCAACUGCCUGGUGGUGAUCUCCGUCUGCUUCGUGAAGAAGCUGCGGCAGCCCUCCAACUAUCUCAUCGUCUCGCUGGCCCUGGCCGAUCUCUCGGUGGCCCUGGCCGUCAUGCCCUUCGUCAGCGUCACCGACCUUAUCGGCGGGGAGUGGAUCUUCGGGCGCCUCUUCUGCAACGUCUUCAUCGCCAUGGAUGUCAUGUGCUGCACGGCCUCCAUCAUGACCCUCUGUGUGAUAAGUAUCGACAGGUACCUGGGAAUUACAAGACCCCUUACAUACCCUGUAAGGCAGAAUGGGAAGUGUAUGGCCAAAAUGAUCCUGUGUGUCUGGCUUUUGUCUGCCUCUAUCACCAUACCCCCGCUCUUCGGCUGGGCCCAGAACGUCAAUGACGAAAAGGUUUGUCUCAUCAGUCAAGACUUUGGCUACACCAUUUACUCCACAGCAGUUGCAUUUUAUAUUCCAAUGUCAGUGAUGCUUUUCAUGUACUAUCAGAUCUAUAAAGCUGCCAGGAGGAGUGCUGCUAAACACAAGUUUACUGGCUUUCCCCGUCUGGAAGAAAUGGAAGGGAUUUCUGUGAAUGGACUUGUAAAACUGCACAAGGAAUCUGAAGAAUGUACUAAUUUUUCACGACUCCUAAAGCAUGACAAGAAAAACAUUUCCAUCUUUAAAAGAGAACAGAAAGCUGCCACCACCCUUGGGAUUAUUGUUGGGGCUUUCACAAUCUGCUGGCUGCCCUUUUUCAUCCUCUCAACUGCAAGGCCCUUCAUCUGUGGUACAGCAUGCAGCUGCAUCCCCCUCUGGGUGGAGAGAACCUUUCUGUGGCUGGGCUAUGCAAACUCCCUCAUUAACCCUUUUAUUUAUGCCUUCUUCAACCGGGACCUGAGGACAACCUACCGCAACCUGCUGCAGUGCAGAUACAGGAACAUCAACCGCAAACUCUCGGCCGCGGGCAUGCACGAGGCUCUGAAGCUUGCAGAAAAGCCAGAAUUCGUUCUGAGAAGUUCUGAUUUCUCCAGGGAAAAAGAGUCAUGACCAAAUGUGCUUCAAAGCAGCCUGAAAAAGUCGAGCCAGACCAGGAAAAAGAAAAAUGAAGAGUUGGCUUCUGAAGAACUGGAUAGAUUUAUAAAAUGUACUUCAUCUUCCUUUGAUGGGAGUGUGCUAAAAAUAUUCCAUGAGCUCAAUACAUUACAUUAGAUACAUUUCUAUUGGAAGUACUCACAUCUUGUUUGUUAUGGAGGAAAAUGCUGUUACAUACAAAUGAAAACAGUUUUCUGCUGAGAAAGCCAAAUAAUUCCAGCAAUAAGUUUGACAUGGGGUGGAGGGAAUGCCACUAAAACUCAAAGAUAAAGCCUUGUACAGAUUUCCACCACAUUUGACUAGGUAGAAGAACAUUUGUAUGUUUACCAUGCUUGUGGAUCCCAGCACUGGUAUUCAUAUUCAGGGACUGUCAGUGAUACUGAAUGUAUUUUGCUGUACUAAAAAAGAGAGGUUUUCAGGCAAAUGCUGUCUCUGUGGAUGCUUUCAGACCUUGUACUAAAGAGAUGCUGUA